AGAGUCCAGAGCACAGCUUAUCUGCAUCAACAUUUCCUUAGAUGUGGGAGGAGUCUUUGGUGGGGAUAAAUAGUUCAGCAAACAGUGGAGAGAACAGACCAGGAAGGCAGCAGCCCUGACCACCAGGAGCCAGCUAUCACAGGCACUAGCAGCUGGCUCAGCUCUACAGGAGAAGAGAGCAAUGGCUGGUAUCUCCCCUGCUGUCUUUGGCUUCCCAGAUGUCACCUUGGAAAGGAACACUGCAGUCCAUGAAGUCCAAGAAAAUGUCACAUCAGUGGACACUUUAACACUGGCCUCCAGCAACACUGACUUUGCCUUCAGCCUCUACAGGGAGCUGGUUUUGAAGAAUCCACAUAAAAAUGUUGUUUUCUCCCCAUUCAGCAUCUCCACUGCCUUGGCCCUCCUGUCCCUGGGAGCAAAGAGCAACACCCUGAAGGAAAUUCUAGAAGGUCUCAAGUUCAAUCUCACAGAGACCCCUGAACCAGACAUCCACCAGGGCUUUAGGUACUUGCUAGACCUUCUCAGUCAGCCUGGGGACCAGGUUCAGAUCAACACAGGCAGUGCCCUGUUUAUUGAAAAGCACCUGCAGAUCCUGGCAGAGUUCAAGGAGAAGGCAAGGGCUCUGUACCAGGCUGAGGCCUUCACAGCAGACUUCCAGCAGCCUCGUGAGGCCAAAAAGCUCAUCAAUGACUAUGUGAGCAAACAUACCCAGGGGAAGAUCAAGGAACUGAUCUCACACCUGAAUAAGGAUACAUGGAUAGUACUGGUGAAUUACAUCUACUUUAAAGGUAAAUGGAAAAUGCCCUUUGACCCGAAUCGUACAUUUAAGUCAGAGUUCUAUUUGGAUGAGAAGAGGUCUGUGAAUGUGUCCAUGAUGAAAAUUGAUAACUUGAGGACACCCUACUUCCGGGAUGAGGAGCUGACCUGCAGUGUGGUGGAGCUGAAGUACACAGGAAAUGCCAGCGCCCUGUUCAUCCUCCCUGACCAGGGCAGGAUGCAGCAGGUUGAAGCCAGCUUGCAACCAGAGACCCUGAGGAAGUGGAAGAAAUCUCUGAAGCCCAGGAUGAUAGAUGAGCUCUGCCUGCCCAAGUUCUCCAUCUCCACCGACUACAGCCUGGAGCACAUCCUUCCUGAGCUGGGCAUCAGGGAAGUCUUCUCCAAACAGGCUGACCUGUCUGGGAUCACAGAAGCCAAGGAUCUGAGAACUUCUCAGGUGGUCCACAAAGCUGUGCUGGAUGUGGGUGAGACAGGCACAGAAGCAGCUGCUGGCACAGGAUAUCAAAAUCUCCAAUGUUGUCAAGGUGUAAUCUACUCUAUGAAAAUAUAUUUCGACAGGCCAUUCCUGAUGAUUAUCUCUGACACAAACACUCAUAUUGCCCUCUUUAUGGCAAAAGUUACAAAUCCAGAGAGUGAUGAGAACUUCCUAAAUAAGGAGUAUGCUUUUCCCCAACUGCUGGAAAUUAUGCCUGAACAUAGGUCUGUCUGCACAUGUUGCCUUCCAUGUUUGAAUAGACAGUGACACUGACCAACUCUGUCAUAUCCUCAUGCAGAGAAACAAGCCUAUGGCUAGUUAUCGUCAGACUCCCUGUCUUGAUGGUAGCACUAAAUCAAGUUCCUGACCUGAAAUUUGUGUUAUUCCCCGUCCCUGCUGUCUCCACUGUAUCUGCUUCAACCCAAAACGCUGGGACCAUCAGUGAGGCUCUCUUCUAACUUAGGCUCUGCUUAUUUCUGCCUUCAGCUUUUCAGUCAUGAUGGGACUAUACAAGUUUACAGGCCAACCCAUAAGGAUUAAGAAGGGAACCUGCAGCUCUGGGCCUAUCUCAGCAUCUGAAAUGUUUGGUGCCCCGUUCUACCUUACUCUUGCCUUCCUCUGGGCAGAGCUAUUCUCAGCCCCUGCAUAGUCUCCUGGCCCCACCCAGAUCUGGUACAGGUGGAGAUCUCAGCCCUGCAGCUGCAUGGGGCUUGUGGUUCAGGGCAGUUCUUCUACCCCUAGCACUCCUACUCAGGAUAGAGAAGUAUCCUAACCCUAAGUGUCCAGUUGACCAACCUCACAAGACAGAUGGACACCUCCACCUUCAUCACACAAAUUGAAAGGGCAGGAGCUAAGGAUCAAUAAACAUGUAACUGCAUUGAAUGUGA